ACAACGCUAGGAUGGCCAAAAAAAGCCCAGAGGGUUCGUGGAGUGCUGGGAGGAGAGGGGGUUUGGUGUGGAAGCAGCAGAAAUGGCCAGCAAAGUGUUGGAUCUGUUAUACUGGCGGGAUGUGGGGACCACCGGGCUGGUGUUUACAGGUUUGGUUGUGGGUUUGGCUUGUUUGUUCCAGCUCAGUGCCAUCACGAUCCUUUCCAACCUCGGUUUGGGCAUCAUGGCCUUCACCUUCUCUAUACGCUUACUCUACAAAGCCAUGACACUUGUCCGCCUCAGUGAUGGAUCUCAUCCCUUUCAGUCAUAUUUGGAUGAGGACUGUACGCUGACAGACGAGGACACAGUUCGCAUGGCGGAACAAAUCGUUCUGCUGAUUGCUACGGCUGUCACCGAGUUGAAGAGGCUGUUCUUCAUCGAUAGCAUCAUGGACUCAGUGAAGCUUGUUGUGUUCCUGUAUUUGCUGACUUAUGUGGGGGUCCAAGCCAAUGGUCUCACGCUGAUUAUGACAGGUGUGAUAUGUGCUUUCUCUCUGCCACUCUUGUACAGACUUCAACAGGCAAGGAUUGACAAGAUUGUCAAAGCCAUCAAAACACUUGUGGAAAAAGUCACUGAAAUAGUUGAUCUUGUGAUUUCUCUGGCCAAGCCAGCUCCAGCCCCAGCACCUUCCCCUGCCCCCACACCAAAACAUAAACAGAAGACUAAAUAAGGAGCAGGAAGAGAGAGAGAAAGAUGGGGGUGAGGAAAAGAAACGUGGAGUACACUGAACAAACAAAGUCUUAUGGUGCAGCAGGGUCAGGGGUUUGGGGUUAUGAACAAGUGUUAUGUUUUACACUACGUUUCAUAUGGUGCUAUAGGAGAACCUUCAAUAGGACUUCAGUGAAGAGAAGUCCAGGUGUAUACUUAUUGUAUUCAUUUAACACAAACUUUCAAAUAAUAUACAGCUGUGUAAUAUUUAUUAGGUCAUUUUGCCCAACAAGGCCGGUGUUUUUUUUUUUUUUUUUUUACAGAUUUUCAAGGAAAAAGUUGAAUGUAGUGGCAGCUGCUAUUAUGUUUUUGUCCACUAGAGGGUACAAUGACACAAUACAAUCACAACCGUUCUGGGUCAGGACAGAAUGUUGCAGAAAUUCUGUCAUGUAAAUUUGUUUAAACUGGUCUAAAAUUACAAUUACCAAUAGGAUCAUGCUUGUAAUUUGGGUUUUAAUAUUUAAUAGUGAAUGUUUCAUGUUACAAAGCAAUUCAAAAUUAAUUUAUGUUACUUUAAUACGUGUUUUGCUUCCCUGACUUUGCACAUAUUUUGUGCAACAUGUCCCCCCAGUAAACACAUGAUUUCAAUGUCAUUUGCCUUAUUUUGUAUUUGACAACAUGCAAAGCAUCACAUCAUGCACAGAAAUGCUUCUUUUGUGGGAAAUGCGCAGCUGCUAAGGAUGCUUUGAGAAGAGUACUAGAAAUGUCCCAUUCGGUUACAUACUGUUAGCAGAUGACAAUCUAAUCCUGAACAGAAACAAAUAUAAAAUGUCUUUUGAUGUACAAAUACUUCCAUGCCAGAAUGGUGAUAGAAAAAAAAAAAAAAUCUGGCAAUUGUCUUCACAGGCUUAUAAAGAGAGUAUCUGUACCAUCCAUUAAAUCACAUUGCUUCAAAAUUUAUGGAGGGGACUGUUUAAAAAAGCACGAAAAGAACAUCUUGCACACCAUGGGAAGACAGUUUCAUGCGCACUGCAGGAACACUCAGGGAUGUAAGGAAUAAAUACUCCACUGACAAGAACAGUGGCACUCGGAG